AGAGGAAGCCUAUGGAUUAUCGAAGAGAAAAAACUUGAAAAGUGUGGUGCGGUGGAAGGAAAUGAAGGAGAUUUUAAGGAAAUGAAGGAAGACAGUAAUGUUAAGAAGGGGAGUAAGUGGAGUGAGAUUGAGAAUGAAGGAGGUGAUCGUAAUUUGGAGGCGGAAAUUGAAGAGAGAAACCUUGAAAACCGUUGUGUUGUGGGAGGAAAUGAAUGUGCUUUUAAGAAAAUGAAGGAAGGGGUAAUCAUAAGGAGGGGAGCAAUUGGAGUGAGAUUGAGAUUGAAGGCGGUGAUUUUGACUUGGAUGGUAUUAAAGAUGAGACGAAAAUCGAAGAGAUAACCCCGAAAAGCGUAGUUUGGUGGAAGAAAGUGAAGGUGAUUUUAAGGAAAUGAAGGACGGUGGUAAGUGUGGUGAUAGUGAGGAUGUCGAAGAAAGUUAUAAUCUUGAAGUAAAGAAUAAGAUGGCUGACAAGGGAAAAGAAGUGAUUGAGGACUAUGAAGCUGGUUGGGGUGAGAAUUGGGAUGAUGUUGCUGUACGAGCUAAAGCUAAUUAGGAGCAACUGUAUUUUGAUAACUAUGAAAAUAUGAGGCAUGUAAAUGAGCAGUAUGGGGAGGUGCCUCCUUGGUAUUGGAAUGAAGAAGGGGAUGUAGUGGGGAGAAAUGGAAAGGCGCAGUAUGAUAAAGAACCUCACUGUUCCGGUAAUGCUGAAAAGGACUCCGUGGGGUUUAAUGAUGGAAAUUUUGGAAGUCGCCAUUAUCCUUUGAGGCCUUACACGGAAGAUUGUUCGCUUUAUAUGAGGACUGGGACUUGCAUGUUUGGUUCGAUAUGCAAAUUUAAUCAUCCACUUCAAAGAAAGCCCCGGGCUCCCAGGGAUACAUUUAAGCAAAAGGAAGAAAUUUAUGAUAAGCCUAGACAGACAGAAUGCAAGUAUUACUUGUCAGCGGGUGGUUGCAAAUACGGAAAAGCUUGUUGGUAUAGUCAUGGCAAAGGAAAAUCUGCAGUGACCCCAAAUUCAGAGUUGAACUUUAUUGGUUUGCCGAUUAGAGUUGUAAAACUUCUCUCCUUUUUUCACAGAAUCCAAAUUUUCGUAUGUAUACAGUCCAUAUUCAACCAAGAGGGAUAUUCUUACUAUCUGAUCAAAAAGUGGACGCAGAUAUAGAUCAGCCAUAUAGGAUCAGUUGGACGCAGAUAUAGAUCAGCCAUAUAGGAUCAGUUAUAAGGUUCUGAAGGGGGAGAAAGUAUGUUCUUUCUACAUGAGAACUGGUUCAUGCAAGUAUGGUGAAAACUGUAGGUUUCAUCAUCCGAAACCUACAGCAGCAGGAGGACUUGACACUACUUCACCAGGUAGAGGUAGGUCAUCAACAAAAGCAAUAAAUGAGACUGCUUUUUCCAGGCCAGUUAUCUAUCCGCCAACCCCAUUCAGGCGAAUUAUUUAUCCACCAACCCCAUCUGCUCCUGAAAAUGCAGAAUGGAAUGGAUAUCAGGUAUUCCUUAACUUAUGUGACAAUCUCUGGAAAAUAAGAUUGCAAUUACUUAAGAGUUAAGAUGGUUGUUUUAAUUGUUUUUGUUGGUCUAAAAUGUUAUGAGUCCAUGUUGGUACUAAUAUAAGUGGU